AUGGACGCUAACGAGGCGAAUCAUAACGCGGAUGGAGGAGCAAUGACACGUGUCACUGAUCAAGGCACUGAUGUUAAUGUUGACUCCCAGGGAGCUAUUCCAGUGCAAGGCACGGAGAAGAUGGAAGACGGAGACGGCACGGGAGAUCUAGCGGGAGCAGAGGCUAAGGAAGCGGAUUGUCCAGCGAAGCAGCCGAAAGGAAGAGGAAGACCACGGAAGGUGGCGAAGCCUGCUCCUGCUCGGUCCCGAACGGCUCCUGCGCCUGAAGAGGAGGAGGUCGUGGUAGCACCUGAAGCUGCUGGCGAAGCUGCUUGUACCGAGGAUGCAGCAGGCGGAGAUAACACGAAGGAAAUGGAGGAAGUGGAGGAGGUGGAGGAAGUACAGGAGGUGGAGGAGGUUGUGGGAGACGAGAAGCAGAAAGAGGACGCAGCAGAAACUGCUAUUGCCACUGACGUGGAAAGCUCGGCUGCAGCAGCAGGCAAGCGCGGAGCGAAAGCUCCAGCAGAGAAGAGGGCGACGAGAGGCAGAAAGAGAGCAACCGGGAAUGAAGCAGGCAGCAGCAGCUGCAACAGUGGCUUGGACGCAGUUGCUUUGGCUGCAGACGCACCUGUUCACGUGAGUCUUUCUCCCGAGAAGGAAGUCAAGACGGUUGUUGUGACUGUUAGCACUGGUGAUGCUUUUGGAACUUCCUCCCCUGAACGUGUGGGUGGAGCAUCGGCUGCUGCUGCGGCUGAGGGUGGUGGUAAUGAUACGACUGUUGGUGCAUCCGCUGACUUGGCUCCAUUGGAAUCCGCUGGCCAAAUGGUCGCUGACGCGGAGGGCAAGAAGGACGAGGAGGAAGUCAAGGAGGGGGAGGAAGUAAAGGAAGGCGAGGAAGGGAAGGAGGAGGAAGGAGAGGAAACGAAGGAAGUGAAGGAAGGGGAGGAAGGGAAGGAGGAGGAAGGGGAGGAAGCGAAGGAAGUGAAGGAAGGGGAGGAAGGGACUGAAGCGGACAACAGUAUGGAGGUGUGUGAGGAGGUGAAAAUGGUGGCAGAGGAGACUCCAGUGGAGCCUGCAGCAUUUGGAGCCAUUCAGCAUGCAGAGCCUGAGGACCUAACCGAAGCUGCAAUUGGUGAAGAUGAAUCCGCGACCGUGCUGCCAGUAUCGGAUGUUGGUGUGGAGGUGGCAGCAGCAGCCAGUCCAGGAGAGGAGCUCGGUGGCCUUGGUAAGGCAAUGCGUGAAGAGGAAGCUGAGACUGCGCUGGGGGUUGAGUCUGGCAGUCCAGCUCUUGCUGACGAGAAGCAGGCAGUCGAGGGGGUUACAGAGGCGGCUGCGGUUGUUGAGGAAGGAGAAGUGGAGACUGCAGAGGAGAUGCAGGAGAAGAAUGAUGCAAGGGUCGCAGCUUCUGACCCUGUGCAAGCACCUGAAGGGACGGUAGGCACGGAAGACAUGGAAGCCGCGGAAUGCCAAGCGGGUGCUGCUGAGUGUGAGGAGGGGAGGACUGCGCGUGAUGCUGAGCUGGGAGUGCUACCCUCGGCAGAGUCUGGCACAGUGAAUACACCACGGAGGGACGCGAGUGGCAGCUGUACUGGCGGUUAUGCGGAAGCAGAUGAGGGGCUCAGAGUUCCGAGGGAGGGUGUAGCGCCAGUGGAGGUUGUUGCCGGGCCAACAGAGUUUGUGGCAGGAGAGGAAGAGGAGGAGAAGGCCGAGGAAGAGGUGGACGAGAAGGAGGACGAGGAAGGGGAGGAAAAGGGAGAAGAGAAGGAGGAAGUGGAGGAGGGGGAGGAAGUGGAGGAGGGGGAGGAAGUGGAGGAGGGGGAGGAAAUAGAGGAGGGGGAGGAAAUAGAGGAGGGGGAGGAAAUAGAGGAGGGGGAGGAAAUAGAGGAGGGGGAGGAUAUAGAGGAGGGGGAGGAAAUAGAGGAGGGGGACGAAGUGGAGGAGAUGGAUGCGUUGGGAAAGGAAGAGGGGAAAUUGGAAGCAAGCGAGGUUGUAAGUACGGAGGUAGAAAUGGGGAUAGAAAUGGGGAUAGAGGAUGAUGAGCAUCGCAUUGAGGAAGAGGAAGUGGGUGGUGUUGCCACAGAGAGUGGCUCGCUCUCACAGUGUGUGAUGGAGGAAGAAAUGGUGCCGGGAGUAGAUGGAGGCAAGGAGGACAGUCCUGGAAAGACAGAGUUUGCUGUACCCGGUGCUGAUGCUGCUGUUCUGGGAACGCCUGAAGCUGACACCUGUUUGUUGGAAUCUCCUGAACCUCAGGAGGCUGCAAGAGAGGCCUCUUCACCACAAGCGGGCUUUCCGGUGGCAGAGGGUAUUGAUGAGGAGACGAGGGAAGAGGGAGGACGCGGUGAUGGAGAGAGUGAGGCUGAAGACAUGGAGAUUGAGGAGGAAGAGGGGGCGGAGGAGGAAGAGGCGGCGGAGGAGGAAGAGGGGGCAGAGGAGGAAGUGGGGGCGGAGGAGGAAGAGGGGGCGGAGGUGGAAGAGGAGGCGGAGAUGGCGGCUGCAGGUACUGUGGCUGAGUGUGCCGAGGAAUUGGAUGCGGUGGGCGAUGGUGCGCCUCAGGUGGGAUCAGCCGCUUCAGAGGACUUGAACUGGACGCCAGCGCCAAAAGGCUCAGAGGUAGGUAGUCAUACGGAGGUAGUAGAGGCGUCAGACGCGUCAGAAGGACCAGAGGCAGCAGAACGGCUGGAGGUAGCCAAGGCCGUAAAGAGCAGCUUGAGGUUGGUUGCCGAUUCAGUUGGCACAACCGUUGCGGAUGAUGCAUUGCUGUGUGAAGGUGACUCUGUGGUUGAGGAGGAGGGGGGGGAGGAAGAGGAGGAGGAGGAAGAGGAGGAGGACAAGGAGGAAGGGGGAAAGGAGAGGCGAGAGGAAGAGCAAACGGAGAAUGAAGAGGAGGUAAGAAAGGAUGCAGGGGUGGAGGAGGGGAGGGAAAAGAUGGAGGAGAAGGAAGAGACGGAGGAGAAGGAAGAGACGGAGGAGCAGGAAGAAAGCGAGGAGAAGGGAACGGAAGUGAGUGAUGAUAUGAUGAAGGACGGUACAGAAAGAGCAGCACGGCGGCACAGGGACGUCACUGGGGGAGCAGAAGCGUUGCCUUCUAGGGCGCAGGGUGCGAAACCGGACGAGGUGGGAUCAACCCCGAGCUUCAAGAGAGAAGAAACGAGCAUUGAUGGUUCUGGCUUCGAUACAGAGGAGCAAACCUUCCAUGGCUUUCCUAUAGCCAGGGAGGAGGCAACCGUGCACGGGCUCCGGGUGCUCCGCAGCAGCAGCAGGGUAGCGGCGAGUGCAAGAAAAGCCCCUGCUGCUGCCAGCAAAGCAACGCGCAGCCGGACAAGGGGCAGAGGCAGAGGUAAGAACCCGGGCAGUACGGAGGUUGCUAGUGCUGCUGGGACUGGCAGGAGAAGGGGCCGAGGACAGACUGCGACUGAUAUGGUGGGAGAGGCGGGUGCUCUUACCUUCGCUGCAGCAGGAGAUCUAUUAGAGGAGGCGGGUGGGAACAAAGCUGAUGCUGCUGUGGUGGGUGUUGAGCCAUCUCAAAAGUCGCCUGAUGCUGCUGCGGGACCUUCCGAGACGAUUCUUAAGUCGCCGGAUGCAGCUGUGGUUGAAGGACCGUGUGAGGAUCCUGCGGAGAUGGUGGGGAUGGGAGAGACGGUGAAGGAAGCAGAGCAGGAGGCGGAGAAGGACGAGGAGGAGGAGGCGAGUCAGAGUAGUGGGAAGAAGCUGAAGGUAGGAAACAAGGAGCUGCGUGAAAAGGGGGACGGAGAGAGGUCCAAGCGUAAAGAGAAGGGGGAAGAAAUGAGGUAUGAGGUUGAGGAGAAGGGGACUGGUGUGGCUGUGUCAGUAAGCUGUAAGGAGAACGACGAGCCAGCGUUAAGGACCAAGGCUGAAGCUCAAAUGGAUAGCAAAGCUGCUGCUGACAGUGAGGAUGUGAAUGGUGAAGAGAAGGCAGGAGAGGCGAAGGAAGGUGCCGCAGGCAGGAGAAGAUGUGUGCUGGCUCGACUUAGGGCGCAGGGCGCUGCUGCUGCUUUCGGGGGCACUGCCUUUGGCAGGGGCAUGGUUGAAGGAGCGAAGAGCAGGGCGGAGGGGGAUGAGAUUCUGCAGCAGCUGCGAAAUAACGGUAGGCUGAAGAGAGUGAAGGGGGCGGGAGGUGCGGCGGGAGGAGGUGGAGGGUUCUUGGCGGAGUUGAGAAGCGCUCUGGCGCGGCAUGGCGGGAGUGAGGAGCGGGAGGAGGGGGAAGAGGCGGUGGCAGAAAGGGAGGGAGAAGGAAUGGGAAUGGAGAGCAAAGUAGAGGAAGAGAGGGAACCUGGGCAUGACGUGGCGCAGAGCAAACGGGAAAAAGAGGUGGGAGAGGCGGUUUUGAGCGAUAGGAGCUUCAGUUUGGGUAAAGGUGGUGAGGUUGAGAAGGACGAGGUUCAAGCAAGCAGGGAGAAAGCUUUUGACGAGGACAAAGAGGUGAUGCUAGAGUCGGAGUCUGAUGCUAAUGUGGACGAGGGAGGAAUGGAGGAUGAGGAUGAGGGAGGCAAGGAGGAAGAGGAGAGGAAGGACGCAUGUGGCGACGACGUGGGGAAUGCGGAUGGGAGGGAAGAGGAGCUCGAGGAGGGGGCUGAGGAGGAAGUGGAGGAGGAAGAGAAAGAGGGAGAGGACGAGGAGGAAGGGGAGAUAGAGUGGAUGGAUGGCCAGUGCGUGGUAGGUGAAGCAGAUAAAUGCGCAGAGGAUGAAGCAGAUGCUGAUGAGCCAUCGGACGAUGUGGCAGCUGCGGAUGAUGGUGUGGAUGACGCAGCUGAUGAGGUGGAUGACGCAUCUGAGGAGCUGGAUAUUGCAGCUGAUGAUGUGGAAGCUGCAGGUGAUGAGUUGGAUUCUGCAGCUGAUGACAUGGAUGUCAUGUCUGAUGACGAGGAUGCAGCCAGUGAGGGACAUAUGUCCGAGGGCCAUGAUGGAAAUGAUGGUGAUGGUGAGUGUGGUGGAGAUGACAGGGAUGAGGAGGAGGAAGAGGAGGAGAAGGAGGAGGAGGAGCACGUCUGUGCAGAGAGUGACGAGGUCUUGCUUCCUGCAGGAGAUGAUUUGCAGGAGCAAGGGCGAGACUACAAUGUAGUGAGCGCCAAGGAGGAAGGAGAGACGGAAGAGGAGGAAGAGGAGGAAGAGGAGGAAGCGGAGAAACAGCAGGAAGAGGAGGAAGCGGAGAAACAGCAGGAAGAGGAGGAAGAAGGGGAGGAAGCGGAGGAACAGCAGGAGGCGGAGGAGGAAGUGGGGGAACAAGACAACGAGCAGGGUAGUGAGGCGGUAGAUGAAGAAUGCAUCGGGCAGGUGCAAGGGGAAUUUGCAGAGGAGACGAGUGGUGAAGGGGCGGCAGACAUGGAGAAUCAGUGUGGGUUGAAAUCCGCUGUGGGUGGUACGGCUUGCAGUGAUGCUUCUGCUGAUGCGAGCAGGAUAAUCAAGGUCCCGCAUACUGCUCCUGAGGCGAAGGAUAAUCAAGGUCUCGCAGCAGUUCCAGGGGGCUCCAUUCCUAGCGAGAUCAGAUCCACGAUGCUGAGAGCCCCAGUCAGCAGAUCACUAGCUUCCACCCCCGGAAUCGAGAACCCAGCCUUAGAACCAGCGAUUCGUUGUGCCUCACUGGUUGGGAGCUCUGCUGCAUGGACAGCACAAGCAGGGUCAGCAGCAGCAGCAGUCCCUUCUGCCGCAGCAUCCAGGAUUGUGGGGCAAGGAGGGAGGAUCGUAGGUGCGUCUCGGAUUCUGGGAGGGGGGUUGCUUACUGGUGGAGUGACAGCAGCUGUUGGUGCUGGCAAUGCGUCUGGUAGCGGUUUGGGGGUCAGUGGUGGAAGGAGUGUGGUGGCUGGUGCAGGGAGCAGUGCAGCAGGAAGUGCGGGAGCAGCGGGAGCAGGGGGAGCAGCGGGAGGAGCAGCAGGUGCAACGGUGGGAGCAGCGGGAGCAGUUGUAGGGUCACGUUUUGCAACAUCAACCACCUCGUUUGUGUCACUAAUCAUGAAAGCUCAACCAGCCCCACCCCCUCCUGCUUCGGGGAAGCAGAACGUCCAAGUGAAAGCGCUAGCAGCGGCCGAGGCAGCAAGGCUGGAAGCAGAGCAGAAGGCGGAGGAGAGGAAGCAGAGGCGGAUUGCACUGGAAAAACGGCGGGAGGAGCGAGGGAAGGCAAAAGCGGAAGGAAAAGAGAGCGUUUCAGAGGCAGCACCGGGUGUGGCUGGGAGAAAGGGGCGGGAAAGAGGGGUAGCUGUUGCAGACCAACCCCCUGCAACGCCUAAAGGCUCUGGUGGGGUGCGUGUGGGGGUUACUGAUGCUGCAGAAGCACGGGGAACGGGUGUUAAGACGAGAUCUGGAAGGAAAGUGGAGGUGGGUUUGAGUGAGCGAGAGGGCGUGCAAGGGAAGAUGCAGAAAGCGAUGCAGUCUAGGAAGGAGAAGGAGGAGGAGAAGGCGAGGAGGUUGGAGGAGGCGCGGGAGAAGGAGGAGGAGGAGAGGAGGAGGAAGGAGGAGGAGCGAGCAGCGAGGAAGAGGGAGAGGGAGGAGAUGGAGAGGGCGAAGGUGGAGGAGAAGAGGAGGCGGGUGGAAGAGGUGGCAAAGGCGAAAAAGGAGAUGGAGGAGAAGGCGAGGCAAGAGCACAUGGAGAAAGAGAGAAUCAGGAAAGCCAAGGAAGAGGAAGAGAAGGCCAAGAAGGCCGCAGAGGAGGAGGCGAAGCGGCAGAAGCGGGCAGAACGGGAGAAGGAGGCGGAGAGGCGGAGGAAGGAGGAGGAGCAACAGAAGGCUGCGAAGCUGGCUGAGAAAGAAGCAGAGAGAAAGAGGCGGGAGGAGGCAGCAGAGGCAGAGAAAAGGCGGAAAGAGGAACUGGCUGUGCAGCACAGGAGGGAGCACGAGGAGAUGGAGAUGCGGAGGUUGCAAGAGGCCAGAAAAGGGGUGACUCAAGACCCAGCAGCACCACCAGCAGCAGCAGCAGCAGCAGCAGGGCAGGCUAGAAACUCCCACGCACCUUCCUAUCGCCCCUCUACCUCCAACCCCUCAUCUGCCGCUCCCUCCUUCACCUCCUUUCUUGUUCCAGGCAGCCGGGCACCCAAGCUCUCCGGUGUUCUUGUAGGGGGUGGGCUUGUAUCGAGAGGCUCUUCUGCACAGCUGCAGGGCAACGACAACUGCAUGGAUGAUAGGCGGAACAGUGCCAGGCCUCGUGGGGUGAACAGUGGCAAUCUGGCCGGCAAUUCUCGUCUCACUUCCGGAACUGCAGGGCUGCUCAGCACAGGGGUCGGUACCGUGGGCAGCAGUGGCAUUAACAUGGUUAGUUCCAGUUGGGAGGAUGGAAAGCGCGGCGUGCGUUGGAGCGACGUGAGAUCGGGCGGCACAGGAGCCAUGUCGGUCGGCUCUGGAUCAGGAGCGGGCGGCGGGUUUGCCAUGGGGCCUCCUCCCCCCAAGUUCACAAUGUGUGGAGGUAUUGGAGGAGCAGGAGCAGCAGGAACAGCAGGAGGGGAGGGGAUGAUGUUUCGGUCUCGACUCACAGAGACUCUCACAGGGAGGGUGGGGGAGGAUGGUAAAGGUCGCGAUGGGGGAGGGGCGAAGAGCCUCGCCGGUUGCAGUGGUGGUGCUGCCAAGAGUCUCACGGGCGGCACGUUCAUUGCCAUGCCCAAGCCAAGCAGCGCCUCUUUCCUCUCAGCCACUUCCGCUGCUGGUGCUCUUACUUCUGCUGCUUCUGGUACCUCUGCUGCUGGUAGCUUCACUGCUGCUGCUGCUGCUGCUGCUGCUCCCAAGGCCUCCAAGAGUGUUGCUACUCUAAGGGAGUGGACCACAGAGAAGACAGGUGGUGCAGCGAAGGCAGGAGCACAAGGGACUGGAGGGAAGGUGGUAGCUGGUAGCACAUCUGCUGGGCUUGGGAGUAGGAUAAGAGCAGGAGGAGGUGGUUCAAUGACAGCUGGAGGGGAAGCUGCUACUGCAAGUGCUGCAUCGGCAUCAGCAGAAGCUGCAGCAACAGCUGCAAGAGCUGGGGCGACUGGAUUGAAAUCCCGGAUUCCUGGGUCCAGCAAAGUCAAUCAAGCAGGGGCGCAGGUGGAAUCGAAGCAGAGCCAGCAGAAGCAGAAGCAGCAGCAGCAGCAGCAGGAGCAGGAGCAGGAGCAGGCGCAGGCGCAGGCGAUUACUAACAAAGACAGGGUCCUUAGAAGCGCUUCCAAAGCACGUGCUGGUGCUGCUGCUAGUGCUAGCAAUGGGAGUCGUAGACUCAAUCCCAGUGCCAAGGUGGCUGCUACUGGUGGCAGAGUGGCUGCUUCAACUCAACCGGGCAUAACACGUGGCUCGGUUAAGCAAGCAGCAAAGGAAAUCGCGUCCAAGCUCAUGUCUCCCCCUCCUCCCUCCUCCUCGACUCGUUUCCGCAUGGCUGGGAUACUGUCACAGCUCGCCUCCCAGUGCAUCUGCCCCCGUAUUACCAGCCCCAGGCGGCCAGUCAGGGAUGCGGUUACCAAGUAA